CACCGAUAGUCUAUAACACAUGUGCGUAGCUUCACAUAUUGACCAGCUAUCUUAUUGAAAUGGGGGAAUCAGAAAUUUCGCUUCCUAAAAUUGAAAGUUAUUGAAAAUACACAGAAGAAAGCAAGACUCGUAACACUGACAGCAGUCUGCCAAAGGCUGGCGUCUGUUAUUGUGAACGUUGUAAGGAUUAAACACAGUUUCCUUCAAUCAAGUCAAGUGCCGACCGGGAUGUCUGCAUCAGCUCCUGGUUCAACGACUACCUCUCCAACUGCGGUAGGGUACCAGAGAACGUCACAGAUAUGCCGUGUUACAGUUCAUCAAGCUAGAGGAUUGCUUUGUAAAAGUCGUAGUCAUGGCCAUGAUGCUUAUGUUAUUAUGUCUAUUGGUAGAGAUAAAUACCAAACCUCGGUUGUUGAAAAGACUGUGCAUCCACACUGGGAUGAACAAUGUGAUUUACAUUUUAGCAAUACUGAAGACAAUGUAGAAUUGCAAGUAUUCCACAGAAAUAAACUGUUGGAUGAUUUCCUGGGCUAUGUUGCGAUUCCUAUACGAGACAUUGAAUUCCAUGGCAUUCCUAUUAGAAGAUGGCACAAACUACAUAAUAAACGAGGGAAAAAAGAUGCUAAGGAAAGGGGUGAGAUAGAAGUCACUGUCAGUUUAACAGUGGAUAUGUCAGAAAAAAAGAAGAAGAAAAGACCAACGUCAUUUAGAGAAGUUGCAUCAGUAGUAGGAAGUAAGUUUCAAUUGUCAAAUAAUCACAAUCAUCGAGAUAGACAGUCAACGCCGGAUAAAGUAACGACUGUGGGGUCAAUAGAAGAAAGUUUACCACUAACCAAAGAGUUAACAAUAUCAAAUGAUAAAAGCCCAGCAGAAUCAAAGCCUAGUGUAAUAUCACCAGAAAAUGGACAUGGAACUCCUAAAAAACAGAGUUUAAAAAAGAGAAUGAAACAUGCUAUGGGAGUGUUAAAGAAGCACUCUAAUUCAAAAGAGAAUGUCGAACUUGAAGAACAUAGCUGUAAAAUGGCAAUAAGCAAUGGUUCGAUCACUCCAUCAUCAGAUAACAUAUUCUGGACACGAGAUUGGACUCGAUCAGUGCCGAAUAUUUUGGACAGUAGAGAUGCUCCUUUAUUGGAGAAAAGAAGAACACGUACACAAUCUUUUUCGGAUAUUGAUCAGACAUUAUCUGCUACAUUGCCAGCACAAGGCAUGCAGACAAAACUAAAGACAAUAUCAGAGGAUAAGUUGUAUCAUUCUAAUGGUGGUGAAUGUAUUCCAGAGACGUCCAAACAUCCUGUGAUUUUGGACAGAGAAGAUAAAUUGAGACACUCCUUCAAUAGUGGGCUGCCAAAACUACGAAUGAAUUAUGUGCAGGUGACCUUUGACCAUCAGCAAAGAAGUAAAACUGGUACACCAAAGAGAAUAUCAAUACCUAAAAGAUAUACCAAAAUGAGCAAAGAAGAUUUAUUGAAAGAAGUUCUCGCCAGUGAUAGAAAUUUAAAUGAAAAAAAGAAAUACAUCAGAGAAUUAGAAGACUACAUAGAUAAUUUAUUACUCAAAGUCAUCGUAGAAACACCCCGAAUUUUGGAUGUCAACUAUCAUUAUUACAGUGGCACAUCAUCCACGCUCUAAAUCCAUUACUGAAUACCAAGGUUGUAAAAGUCACAAUAUCAAGGAAUACUCUGUAUGCCCAUCUGAGCCUUGUGAAAUCACCAUGUAAAAAACGAAGAUUUUUAAGGUUGCCACAUCCAGAACUGUGUCCAGGUUUUAAACCACCUAAACGCUAUUAAGUAUGAUGUAUGGUUACAUUUAUGUACAUACCAAAGAUAUAUAACAUCGUUUGUACUGCAAACCCACCAGAACCCUGUUGGAAUCGAAACGUGAUAUAGUUUUUAAAUAGUAUAUAUACCAUACUAUAAAUAUUUGUAUACCAAACCUAGGAUACAAGAUGUUAAUUUAAAACAUUAUGGCAUUUAUGCUGUGUCAGUACCUGAAUUGUCACCGUCUUUAUUAACUUUUCAAGUGCCAAAAUCAACUUUAGGCAACAUCACAAAUUCAAGCCAAAUAAUUUUUUUUUAAUUUUUCCAAAAAAGGAAAAUUAUCAAAAAAAUACUUAAAAACAGGCAAAAUGUUGCAUUAAAUUUUGCCAGAAAAAUUGUGACGUUCAAAGUGUUAAAAGCACAUCUCUGUUAGAAGGGCAAAAUUACAUUUAUUGUAUGUUGGAUCUGUAAAACAUGACCACAGACAUAUGUCUAUCAUUUAUGCAUGUAUAUGUGCUACUAUUAAACAAAUACAGUAUAUCUGCACAUACAAUAUGUGAAUUAUCAUUUAGGCCAGAUUUUAUUAUCUCUUGUUACGCCAACCUGCCGAAUGAACAGGAGCUGAAAAUGAAAUAAAAAUAAAAUUUUAUUUUAGCAUAAUUUCUCGCGCCCGCCGACUUGUAAGCGCAAAAAAAUGCUAAAAAAAUAUUAUUUUUAUCUUCAUUUUUUUAC